GCCUGUUGUGUCCACUUACUACACCACGUACACAUAUUUCACUACCGUUAACAGAGGAGGCACCAAGUCUGUGAAAAGCCGCGAAAGUGUCAAAACCAACAUAGUUACGAAGUAUCCGAAAACAGUGGCGCACCAGUCUACGCCGGAGCCAUCGAUUAUAACCACUUACACAACAAUAUUAUCCCCGGUGACAGUGUUCGAGAUGGGACUCCUCGUGUUUCCUUUAUAUCGAAAACCUCAGCCAUAACGAAAACUCUUGGCCAUUCUUCAACAGACAUUUCAGACGGAACCGUUGAGAGUGCCAUUCAAGCUACUCCAACGGCAGGCAUUGCCACCAUGUUCACAACCUACACCUACUAUACAACGUUCUACGAAGAUGGAACACCGGUAAUAUCGAGUCACGAAGAAACGGCUACGAGCAUGAUAUCACAGCCGUCAGAGACUCCUAACCUCGAAGAGACGAAGAGGAAUCUUGAAAGCAGCACCGUCGUUCGCACAUAUUAUACUACGUAUACAUACUUCACUACGUUUGAAACAGAUGGAAAGCCGACCGUAUCCAGCAGGGAAGAAAUUUUAACGAACUACGUGACCAUGACGCCACAUGACAUAAUCUCUAACGUUUCGCCUACGACUGUGUCUCCUGAAGUACAGCCGACACACGUGUCAAUGACCGAAGAGACGCCUCCUCUGCUUAGCUCGCUUCCUGAAGGCAUCGAUCUACGAGAGCUUCUUCGCAAUGUGCCAGUGACUCACUACACCACGUACACCUACUACACAACAGUUCUACACGGAAGGAAGCACAGUGCUGUCAGCAGGACGGAAGUUGUUUCUAACGUCGUGGGUCCCACAGCAGCGAAUCUUCCAGCAGGAUUUCAGGUUGACCACACAGAUUCACAGUCUCCAAUUGAAUCGACUGAAUCUGCACAGGUCUCAAGCUCUGUAACAACGGAUGGAAUCUCCGACAGAGUUAGCAGUGAAGCCGAAUCUAUAGUACUGCAUUCUCUUGUUCAAGAAAGCGCCACUGAGGUGCCAAGCCCGUCAUUGACACUAAAACUUGAUUCAAGCUUUCAGAAGGCAUCGUCAACAUUCCAGAACAGGCCAUUUAAGUUUAGACUGAGAACACCGAUCCUGAGAAGUCGAACAAGGCUUCCACCACCACCGGGAGCGCACAUCAGUAGCGCCUUGGGCGCACCUUUGAUUGUAGUUAGGAACAAGAGGAACACAGAACCGAAGGACCUCGCGGUAGCAGAGGCAAGAGGAGAUGAAACAUACGCAACUCCGGUCACAUAUUACACAACUUUCACAUAUUUCACUACGUAUCUAAAGCCAGACGGACGCACAUCUGUUGCCAGCAACCAGCAGGUAAUUUCAUCUGUUCACUAUCCCACCCAGCGCAUUGCACCUACGAGAACAAUAUUCCAUGACCAGAUCCAUCGUACCGAACCUGUCCGUGUUUAUCCUUCCCAUCAAGGAGUCACGGAAUGCAUCCGGUGCCGAUCCGACAUAAAGACUGUAUAUGUCACUCAUACAGACUAUAUCACGGAGUUCUUUCAGGGACGGCCAGUUACAUCGACGCGCUACGUAACGCUUACAAACUACGUCACCGUGACACCUGGGCAAACAGUCUACGAGCACAGGCCUUCUCAAGUGGUCGCUGUUCCAGGCUGUGUUCACUGCAGGCAGCAACCACAAUACACUACUCAUACAUACUACACAACUGUGCUUGUCGCGGGUCAACCGGUGACAUCUACACGCUAUGAUACGGUCACAAAUUACGUCACGGUCACCGUCACUGAAGAGCCAAUUCACCAACGAACCAGACCGACUAUUGUUCAACCAAUCGUGCCCCACCGACCGGCCACAGCGAUUGAUACAUUUUACACAACCUACACGUAUUUUACUACCAAGGUUGUUCAUGGAAGUCCAACGGUAUCCACGCGAUACGAGACGUUAACGAACUACGUUACACGAACAAGAGAUGAUGGAGUUGCAGGUCGCGCUAUUCAACCGACCGAAGUGUAUCAACCUGUCAUCAUACAACCCACUCCGAUCAGAGAUACGGUGUACACAACUUACACUUACUUCACCACAAGGCUCAUUCACGGCCGACCGAGUGUCGAGACACGCUACGAGACAAAAACUGACUACGUGACUGUUACGGUAACCGAGCAGGCAAGAAUUAGACCUACGCAAGUAUACAAGCCUCUCUACUCGACAGUGCCUGGCUAUGCGCCUCACCACACAGCUUACACUACCUACACUUUCUACACCACCCACUAUUUAGAAGGCCGACCGGUCGUCGAUACCCGGUACGAGACGGUCACAAAUGUUGCAACCGUUACACUUACCGAAUACGCGAGGCAAGACGUAGGGGCGAGAAUCAGGCCAGCUGACACAGGACCAUACAGAACCUACCACACUACGUACACAUAUUUCACAACACGAUAUGUUGAUGGAAGUGCCAUAGUGAAUACACGAAAGGAGACAGUGACGAACACUGUAUAUGGUGCCCUGUGCAACACCUGUCCAGCGGGAUACAUAGAAGGCCGCUCGCACUGGUGGUGGUGUGCAUCAUCAAACUGCAGCAAUAACGCACACGCCGGCACCGGGACCGCACAUCCAGCCAACUCCCACGACUUACUAUACCACGUAUACUCACUUUACAACACUCCUCGAAGGCGGACGUCCAGUGGUCCAGACUCGGUACGAGACGUACACUGACAUUGUAUCCUGGCAUCGUGCUACCAACUAGGGCAUCCGUCGCACCCGAGCCGAGCAAGCAGGAUCUCCAACAAGGCCAGACUCAGUCCAGGCUAGACAACGUGCAAGAGCGCAUACAAGAACAACUGCCCGUUUUCCAGAAAAUAGUGCCUUCCAGACGUCGACGGUCGUCUCCGGCAACGCGAUUACCAUUCGCCAUAUCUGAUUCAGGGCUGGCGCAAGCCGAGUACGAACUGGUUGGUGGACGCGGUGAUAUGUUCGAAGUGCCUCGACACCGAGCCCAAAGAGGGCUCUCUGAUGACGUAAAUGCUCCCCAAGCUCGGCCCGGCAGAAAGAUGCUGAGUCAUGCGUUCAUAGGAGUUGCUGUCGACGGGUCCAGACAGGAUGAAGUGCCAGGUGGUGAGCGUCCUGAAGAGGUAGCACUUUUCAGCUCCGGAAUCGAACCCUCGCUAGGCAGUGCAUCUUCCUGGUCCUUGGCACAGUCUCGAAGCCCACA